UAGUUGGCCGCGUUUCGCACAUUGUAGACAGCUUCACGAGUGGCAGUGCCACAACACUAACCGCCAGUGUUGUUUGUAGCUAUCCCAGUGUACAGGAAUGGGCUGGCUGUAACAUUUAGUCGUUUUCGUUAGUAAUGCGUGCGUUUGCAUUGUUUAUGUGGUGACAUUUCGAAAUGUCUACAUUCUAGGGUAAGGUCAAGCAAAUUCACAAACUCGUUUCGUCGUUUGUGUCAAAUGAGAAGUAACGUUAGACAGGAAAAAAAGGCUUCGUCGUUUUGACACAUCACAGAGAGGGGCAGAGUCAGUGGCAUAUGAGUCGAGAAGUGGACCUAGUGCGACUUUGACCGUGGAAAUCUCACCACAGCAGGAAACGCGAAACCUUGGGAAUCCAUAAUUCACGAUGGAAUAAUGCUUUAGGAAGUUCACAAAUCCAGAAACGACGCCACUGGGAUUACAUUUGAAUAGUUUGUUUUUCCUUUCUAAAUAGAAAGGUAUUUGAACUAUUUUCGGAGUUGUCUUUAAUUGUGACAUUUCACUCAACAUCUCAAAUCGUUAUGUAUACGAGCAAUGCCCGAAUGAGGAGAUAUAGCUAGGGGCUCAAUAUGAGGAAUCCGGAGAAUUGACCUCUGUUUGGAACCCCACCACGCGCCUUGGAGAAUGGCAUCAAAUGAAAGAUUGUACGAGGUCUGGAUGCUGUAUUGCAACAAGAGGGACCCAGACUACCUGAAGCUGUGGCUGGAGAUCUUCAUUGGCUCCUAUGAGAGAUGUCUAGAUGUGGACUUUGAGAAGCCACCCUCCAGGUUGGAGGAGGUGCCUCCAGUGAUGACCCUGCUGCCAGACAACAUCCUGCAGGUGUUGCGGCACCAGCUGCUCCAGUGUGUCCAGAAGGCCUCGGACGGGCUGGAGCAGGAGCAGCAGAACCUGGCCCUCCUACUGGUCAAGUUCCUCAUCGUCAUCUGCAGGAACCUGUCCAAUGUGGAGGAGAUUGGCACCUGCUCCUACAUCAACCAUGUCAUUACCAUGACAACACUCUACAUCCAGCAGCUGAAGAGUAAGACCAAGGAGAAGGAGAUGGUGGACCAGACUCAGGCCGAGGAGUUUGUCCGCCACUCUCUGGCCUUCUGCGAGAGCCUGUACGACCCCUACCGGAACUGGAGACAUCGCACCUGCGGGGACCAGCGGAGUACAGUGGAGAAGAGCAGACAGAAACACAAAGCAGCUCCUCUCACUGUGGAGUUUGUCCCCUUCUUCUACCAGUGCUUCCAGGAGAGUGAACACCUUAAGGACAGUCUGAAAUGCUGUCUGUUACACCUGUUUGGAGCCAUCGUGGCAGGGGGGCAGCGUAAUGCUCUACUAGCCAUCUCCCCAGCCACCAUGGAGGUUCUGCUGCGUGUUCUGGGGGACUAUGAGGGGGGAGACAUGGACGGGGAGGACUGGGACAGUGAGGCUCCAGACCGGAAGUCCCUGCUCACCCUGGGCUGCCUGAGGGAGGUGGUUCACUCCCUCCUGGCCAGCAGCUCAGACCAACGCCAGGUGGAGAUCGGCUCGGUGCUGGAGAACUACUUCAAACUGCUCAACUCUGAUCCGGCAGCAGCGGCCGUGCAGCAAGGGGUCAAAGGUCAUAAGGUGCUGGGCCGCCACUGGGAGAGCCGCUUCGUAGCGCUGCAGGUGCACAUGCUAGACACUAUCAGGGAUAUGUUCCUGUGUUCGGACCGUCCCGUCCUGCAGGCCAUCUUCCUCAACAGCAACUGCUUCGAGCACCUGACACGCCUCCUACAGAACAGCAAGCUGGUUAAUGCUAGGUGCACGACAGCAGAGAAGGACCAGAAAGAUUUCACCAACAGGUUACUGACAGUGACAGGAGAGAGUGACACCCAGGUGUUUCAAGGGCGACUGGACUCUCUCGCCGUGGCAACCAUCAAAGCCCUGACGACGGUGAUGCACAAGUCACCUGCUGCAAAGGAGGUGUUCAAGGAGCGGAUUGGCUACACUCACCUGUUUGAGGUUCUGGUCUCCCUGGGCCAGCCCUCCAGACACCUGCUGAAGGAACUGAUGAAUAUGGCUGUGGAGGGUGAACACAGCUCGGUGGGUAUCCUGGGCAUCAGUAACGUGGAGCCCCUGCUCCUCCUCAUCCAGUGGCUCCCAGAGAUGGACUCUGCUGAGCUGCAGGUGUUCACUGCCGACUGGCUCCGCCGCCUCUGCUGCAUCAACCGACAGACGCGCGCCACCUGCGUCAACGCCGCCAUGGCCGUGCGGCUCCUCGCCACCCUUGAGCACCACGCUCGCCUGCACCGGGCGUGCGCAGAAAGCCUUGUCAGUUUGCUAGGGUCGCUGGGGAGCCAGUCGCUGAGCGGCGGUGAGCUCCUCCAGUUACUCAGGCUUCUGAGGCCGCUGGAGCCCGGGCAGGCUCACCCGUACGUGGGCCCGGUGUUGAGGGCGGUCCUGGGCAUGGUGCGGAAGCAGGGUCUGGAGAGCGCCAUGCAGUACUUUGAUCUGUCGCCCAGCAUGGCUGGCAUCGCCGUGCCAAUGGUGAUGCGCUGGCCGGGCCCCGCCUUCAGCUUCCUGGCCUGGCUCUCAUUGGACCAGGACCAGCAGGGACUGCCCGGCAAGGGGGACAAGAGGAAGCAGCUAUACAGUUUUUUCACCCCGGGAGGAACGGGCUUGGAGGCCUUCAUCAGUUCAGCAGGGGUACUGGUGGUUGCCGUGUGCACCAAGAAGGAGUACAUGACAGUGAUGCUACCAGACUACUCUUUCUGUGACUCACUCUGGCACAGUAUAGGUGUAGUCCAUGUACCGGGGAAGAGGCCAUUUGGACAGAGUCUAGUUUACAUCUAUGUAGAUGGACAGCAGAAACUGUCAGCACCACUCAAGUACCCAACCAUGACAGAGCCUUUCACCUCCUGCUGCAUCGGCUCAGCGGGCCAUCGGACCACCACGCCACCCCCCUCCCAAAUCCCAGACCCCCCCUUCUCCGGGGCACCCCCUUCCACCCGCUCCUCCCUGGGGGGCAUCCUGUCGACCCAGGGCUGGGGGAGCCUCCUGGGGGGCAAGCCUGAGUCGGUCACCAAGUUGAUCUCUGCGGGGACGCAGGACAGCGAGUGGGGCAGCCCCACCUCCCUGCAGGGCCAACUGGGUAACGUCAUGGUGUUCCACGAAGCACUGCAGCCCAACCACGUCAAGGCCCUCUGCAGCCUCGGGCCAAACUGCAUUUCUCCUUUCAAGACCCAGGAGGCGGAGCUCGGUGACCUCACAACUAAACUUCUGCUGCACUACUCCCCCAAGGCUUGUCGGAACCCCAUCUGUUUGGACCUGUCCCCCAACCUCCUCCAUGGGCGUCUGACUGGGAACAAGGUUGUCAACUGGGACAUCAAGGAUAUGAUCAACUGCGUGGGAGGUCUACCUGUCCUCUUCCCCAUCCUGGAGCAACUCACCCUGCUGACACCUGAGAACCACACCGCUGCCGACCCCACCGGGUCAGAGUUCAUCAGCCCCACCCCUGACGCGGCCACCUCCCCUGGGGACGGGGACUGGGUCAUCCUGCCCUCCAACAGGUCCUCGGAGGCGCGUCUGGAGAAGAACCUGGUUGCCACCUUCCUGCUGGUGCUGAAGCACUUCCUGCAGCGUCACCCCAUCAACCAGGAGAGCCUGCUGCACUCCCAUGGAGUAGCCACCCUGGGGGGACUGAUGCAGAAGCUGCCUGCCAGUCUGGUGGAUGUGAAUGUCUUGGUGUCUGCUCAGCUCCUGGUGGAGCAGGUUACCUAUGAAAAGAACCAGCAGCUGCUGCAGCAGCUCCACACAUACCUUCUGUUCAACUUCAGCAUCUGGAACCUGGGAGACUUCCCCCUGCGCAUCGGUCACAUCCAGUACAUGUCCACCGUCAUCAAAGAAAACAGGAAGCAGUUCCGGAAGAAAUACGGAGUUCAAUUUCUACUGGACACCAUUCGCCUUUACUACGGUAAGAGUGUCAGCAGGGAGGGAGAUAUUAGUGAAGACGACAAUCAGACCAUCCGAUCGUCCCUCUGCGGCCUCCUGAAGUAUUACAUCAGCAAGGGUAUGACCCAGGAGGAGAUGCACAGCAUUCUGGGAUACAUCGCCGCCAUCGGAGACGAGGAACAGCUGUGUGGAGUGAUAGAGUUGCUGCUCAGUCUGCUCCAGACCAGUGCUGCCAGGGACCAGCUUUUCCUGCUUCUGUUUGAGCCGGGGGCGGCCGACUCCUGCUACGCCCUGCUGCUCAACACCAAACACUCAGACCGCCUCCGAGAGCUCGUCUUCAAGAUGUUUGACCGCAUGCUGCGCUGCGACCGUGUCUAUGAGAAGAACAAGCAGAGGCUGAAGCUGAGGGAGGUGGGAUACUCUGGUCUCUCCCUGCUCUUCUCUGACCUCCACGUCACCCCCUCCCUCGUCAAGAGCCUGCUCAACCAGGUGCUCCACACAGAUCAUGUGGUGAGCUACAAGGACCUUAUGGCCCUGGUCCAGCUGACUCACCGGGCCGGGCCCAGCGUACGCCUGCUCGUGUGCAAUAGGCUGUACCAGCUCCUCCAGUCCCAGCAGGACGCGGCGCGGGAGAUCUCCAGGCAGCUGUGCUGGCAGGAGACCCUGAUGAGGCUGUUCCUGCGCUCUCCCUGCGAGGGCGGCCCGGGGCGGGGCGAUGCUGCCAGCACCUGCAGCCUGGACCUCAACCUCAGCCGGGGCAGCGGCAGCCGCCUAGAACUGCCCCUGGAGAGGAAGGGCCGAGCAGGUAGCGCCGGGAGACUGGUGGAUGAAGACCGCCUCAGCAUGAGCUCCAGAAGAUCAGUGGAUAGUCUUGAAAAUGGGGAUGUGCUUUCGCUUCUGGACACGCCAGUUAGUCAGAUUGGGGAGGGCCUGUUGCUCAAGCCCUGGGCGUCUGGGGGAGGGAAAGCAGGGGGGUUGAGUUUGGACCUGUCCCACAUGAGUGCCUACGAGGGCGGGGAGAGCGGUAACCAGACGCCGGGGAGCAUGGUCAGCACGCCAUCGCCGCUGGAGGCGUCAGCCAAGGCCUUCCCAGAUGCCUCGGCAGCGUCCCUCACCGAGGACAGCUUCCUGUUCAGCGACAACGUGUCGUUGGGGGAGUCGUUCAGCUGCGCUGAGCGGACGGAGGAGGAGCUGUCUCGCAUGCUGCUGGAGAUCGUGCUGUGUGUAAUGUGGCGAGGCGUGGAGGGCUCGGACGAUGCCGCCUGGCUGGAGCGGGGGCAGGUGUUCUCUGCCCUCACCAAGCUGGGCACUACCAAUGAGCUGCUGCUGCCUGUGGACCACAUCAAGCUCAGUCUGAUGGAGAGGAUGCUGGAGUGGGCUGUGACUGACAACCGGGAGGCCACGGCGGCCAUGUUGCCCCAGCACACCGAGAACGCUGUGCGGCUGCUCCACGUUGUGCAGGACUUCCUGCAGGCUGAGGGCCUGGUCAACCCCACCCUGUGGACAGAGAAGGUCCUGGAGGAGACAGUGACUCUGAUGGACAGUCUCAUGGUGUGGUACUCGUCAGGGGCCCAGUGGCUGCAGCUGUCUCAGGUGGGCCUGAGGCUUCUGCUGGGCUUCAUGGCCCAGGAAGACCCCCAGGUUUGUGCCUUGGCCACAGCCAAGCUGAACGGCAUCCUGCAGACCAAGAGCGUGGAGACUCAGGACGAGGCGUGUUACCUGCUGGGCAAGGUGGAGGGCAUCCUGAGACGCUCUGUAGGGGGGCAGACAGAGGAGACCUAUAUGUGCCUGGUGCCCCUUCUCCGCACGCUGCUCUCCAAGGUGAACAAGCUGCUGUACAUGGAGCUGCACCUCCCCCAGCUGCCUGACACCAACGGCAGCCCCUCCUUCUUCGAGGACUUCCAGCUCUAUUGCAACUCCCCCGAGUGGAGGGUCUACCUCGACAAAUACAUCAUCCCCUACAUGAAGCAGUAUGAGAUUGAGACGUUUAGCCAGGGUCACGAGACCAUGGCUCUGUUCUGGAAGGAGUGCUAUGAAAGCUUCAUGGUCAACCUGCACAAGAGAGAGAGGGAGAGGGGAGAGAGCAAGAUACGCUUCCAGGAGCAGUUUGUGGAGCCCUUCUCUCGGCGCGGCCGGCAGGAGAACCUGCGAUACAACAGCAUGCUGAAACAGCUUCACAGCCAGCACAGCGCCGUCCUCAGGCAGUGGAGAGGAGCACGCCGCAGCCUGGUGUGUGAGAGAGGCCCCUGGGCAGACAGGCAGCAGAGUGAGAUGCACUGGCGAGUGUCCAGCGCAGAGAACUACUCCCGCAUGAGACUCAAACUGGUGCCCAACUACAACUAUGAGGACCACCGGCAGGCCAGCGCUCUCAGGGACAACCUGGGUGUCCAGCAGCAGAAGGUGACAUCUGAGUCCUUACUGCUGGAGGCGGUCAAGCAGGUGAAGGUCAGCGAUCUGGACGAUGACAUUCUGGAGCUGCCUGAAGACGACCCCGCAGCGACCAACAACACGGGGGAGGUGGAGGAGGCAGGCCAGAAGGAGAAGCUGGUUCUGUGGGAGGACUGUGAGCUGGUCACCCAGGUGGAUGUCAGCCCUGGACGUCUGGAGCUCACCACCCAGCACAUCUACUUCUAUGACAGCAGCACAGAGAAGGAGGAGGGUGUGGGUCAGGACUUUAAGUGGCCUCUAUCUCAGAUCCGGGAGAUCCACCUGCGAAGGUACAACCUCCGCCGCUCGGCCCUGGAGAUCUUCCUCAUAGACCAGACCAACUACUUCCUCAACUUUAAGAAAGAGGUGCGGAACAAGGUGUACAGUAGGAUGCUGCUGCUGCGCUCCCUCAGCCUGUACGGCACACGCUCACCACAGGAGCUGCUCAAGGCCUCCGGACUCACACAGAAAUGGGUGAACCGAGAGAUGACCAACUUUGACUACUUGAUCCAGCUGAACACCAUCGCGGGCCGAACCUACAACGACCUGUCUCAGUACCCAGUGUUCCCCUGGAUCCUGUCAGACUACACGUCAGAGGAGCUGGACCUGACAGACCCAGGGGUGUUCCGGGACCUGUCCAAGCCCGUGGCCGUACUCAACGAGCGGAACGCCAAGGCUGUACGGGAGAAGUAUGAGAGUUUUGAGGACCCCACGGGGACCAUCGACCGGUUCCACUACGGUACCCACUACUCCAACGCAGCAGGAGUCAUGCACUAUCUCAUCCGCGUGGAACCCUUCACGUCCCUCCACAUCGCGCUACAGAGUGGACGGUUUGACUGUGCGGACCGUCAGUUCCACUCCAUCCCAGCUUUGUGGCAGACCCUCACGGACAACCCCAACGACGUCAAGGAGCUCAUCCCAGAGUUCUUCUACUUCCCGGAGUUCCUGGAGAAUCAGAACGCCUUUGAUCUGGGGCGCCUGCAGAUCUCCAAGGAGAGGGUGAAUGAUGUCAUCCUGCCUAAAUGGGCCAAGUCUCCAGAGGACUUCAUUUAUAAGCACAGGAAAGCCCUGGAGUCUGAGUACGUAUCGGCCCACCUGCAAGACUGGAUCGAUCUGAUCUUCGGUUACAAACAGCGAGGCCCCGCGGCCGUGGAGGCCCUCAAUGUCUUCUACUACUGCACCUACGAAGGGGCGGUGGACCUGGAUGCAAUCACUGAUGAGAAGGAGCGUAAAGCCGUAGAGGGGAUGAUCAGUAACUUUGGACAGACACCCUGCCAGCUGCUCAAGGAGCCACACCCAGUACGUCUUUCUCUGGAGGAGGUGGAGAAGAGGAAAGGUCGACUAGACGCGUCGCCACUCAGCAUCUUCGAGCACCUUGCCGAACUCAAGUCCUUCUUUGUCGAGGGGAUCAAUGACAACGUGCCUCUGGUGAAAGCCGUGGUGCCCAAGAACCAGUCCCACUCCUUCAUCACCCAGGGAAGCCCAGACACUAUGGUGACCCUGAGUCAGAACUGUCUGAUGGGAACCCAUGGCUGGCUGCCUUAUGACAAGAAUAUCUCCAACUACUUUACCUUCAUCAAGGACCCCACCGUGACCAACCCCAAGACCCAGCGGGUCCUGGGCGGGCCCUUCUCUCCGGGCGUGGAGGUGACCGCAGGUCUGUUUGUGGUGUCACAUGACGGGAAGCUCCUGUUCAGCGGUGGCCACUGGGACAACAGCCUGAGGGUCACCUCCCUGGUCAAGGGAAAGACUGUGGGACAUCACAUCAGACACAUGGACAUAGUCACGUGCCUGUCGACAGACUACUGUGGGAUCCACUUGAUCUCUGGAUCCAGGGACAACACCUGUAUGGUGUGGCAGGUGCUGCAGCAGGGAGGUUGUCCGGUGGGGCUGUGUCCCAAGCCGGUACAGGUGCUGUAUGGACACACUGACGAGGUGCUGAGCGUCAGCAUCAGCACAGAGCUGGAUAUGGCCGUCUCUGGAUCACGGGACGGGACGGUGAUCAUCCACACGGUGCGUCGGGGCCAGUACAUGCGGUGUCUGCGGCCGCCCUGUGAGAGCUCCCUGCCGGUCUCCAUCCUGCACCUGGCUAUCUCUUAUGAGGGGUGUGUGGUGGUUCACACCUGUGUAGAGGGCAAGGCCACGCUCAAGGAUAAGAACGGCCUGCACCUGUACUCUGUCAAUGGGAAGCACCUGUGUACGGAGGGCCUGAAGGAGCAGGUGACAGACAUGUGUGUGUCCGGGGAGUACCUGGUUAUCGGCAGCGAGCAGGGCUUCCUCUCCAUACGAGACCUGUACAGCCUGUCCCUGUGCGCCACCCCCAUGGCAAUGCGUGUGCCCGUACGCUGCGUGUCUGUCACCAAGGAGCAGAGCCACGUGCUGGUGGGCCUGCAGGACGGCAAGCUGAUCAUUGUGGGCGUGGGCAAGCCGGCCGAGAUGCGUUCAGGCCAGAUCACUCGUAAGCUGUGGGGCUCCAGCAAGCGCCUGACCCAGAUCUCUUCUGGAGAGACAGAGUACCAGCCAGCCUGCAACCAGAACUGACCCCCACAACCUCCCUUUCCACCCCCCACCCCUCUCCACUACCACCACACCCCCUCACCCUGCUGCCUGCCUGAUUGGCCCGCCAGCCCUGCCAAUCAUCACAGUCUACCCAAUCAGAUUUGAACCACCCCUCAUUUUGAUUGACUGAUGACUGUUUUGGGGGAAUCUUACUCUCCUUUUUUGUUCCUCCCUCUGACUUGGGAAGGACAGACUGACCCACGAGUGGAAGACGGGGGGGGUGUGUGUGUGUUUUAACUGUGUGUAAAGGUUAAGCGGAUGAGUAGGGCAGGUCAGGACGGACCAACCGGCGCGGGCGUCGAGUUUCUGAUCCAACUGAAGGUGCAUACAUCCCCUCACCCCCCCCUCCCCUUCAAUGACACACAUGGCCAUUACUCUUCAUCUUCCUCCAUCAUCACUAGCACGGUCAGGCCAGUGGCUCCCACUACUACAGAGACCCUCUAUGCAGACACACACUACAGCAAUCUGAGCUGACCUCUGACCCCUCCACCUCAGGCCCAAGGAAUGAAGGGGAUCCCCAACGUAGAAAUGUAAUUACUCCAAUGGGAACACUUAACCUGGUUGACGGUCCACCCAUCACAUCACACUGACUUCAAUGGGAAUUAUAUUUUAUACUUCUCCGAGCCCUGAACCCGAGACCACUGAGCAGUGUGUGUGUGAAUGUACGCUCUUUGUGUUUCUGUGUGUUGUCUCUCGCUGGUUGUUUUCUCCCGUGGGCUUUUGUUGACUUGGUUUUGCCUUCCAGUCUGACUAGGCUGUGACCGAUGCCUCAGGGCUCCUAUGCAGCAGUAAGGGGCUAUGUUCAGUCACAACACAAUGUUUUUGUUUAGUUUUUUUGUGUUUGAUGUUACUGAUAAUUGUAGUUUUUUUUUACAGAUGCGUGCAUGUGUAUAAGGUCUGUGGUUAGGUUGUGUUUUGCGUGGCAUUUCCGGACCACUCCUCAUUUAGUAUAGAGGACGGGGCCAUAAGGUAUCCAACACUCGUACUAAGCCUGACACAAACACACUUGUUUGCUAAUGUACACUUGCAUAGACCCCUCCCUAUUGGAGAAGCCUGUGACUGCGUUCCAUGUCAUCUCUAUUGCAAUCUCAGUAGAUUUCUAUAUGACAUUUAAUGUGGUUUCUGAGACGAUGAACACUUCUCUAGGUGUUGUGAAAUCUGAUAAUCUGCAAUAAAGACGACCUGGAACGCACCCAAAGUCCGCUAGUUUGACACUACAGAAGAAGAGAGAAGCCUAGUGUUGUAGAAUCACUAGCUACCCCAUACUGUGCCCAAAGGACUUGCUCCCCUCAAACACUACACUCUUACACACACUGCAAGCUUCUCACACUUGUGUUAGACCGCAUGCUUCGGAGGGACGAACCAUACUGAACCUGGCUUAGUGUGCAAUGUUUAGCUCUAGAUCCAUCCUAGAAUGUUUUUAUGUUACUUGAAUCAAUGUUUAUUUAUGAAUGAAAAUGAGCUUUUUUCCCUGUAGGCUAUUUAAAUUCACACUACAUUAUUUGUAUGUUUUUAAGUGGUGCUUCAGUUGUUCAACAAAGAUUUAUGCUGCGAAAAACUAAAGACGGUGGAUCGAUCCACCUUUCAGAAUGGGAGGGGAGACUUUCUAAGGGCUUUUGAGAUGUCAGUGUUACAGCAAUACAGUUCCUUCCUCUGCUCCGCUGACUGUGCAUUGGUACAUUCCAGCCUCUUGUCAAGGCUGAACUAAAAAAAAAUCUCCAGUCUUCCUGGUUUUUCUGACCGGGACAACACGAUUGGGAGAUUAAACUUAAUUCUGCCAAGGGACAUCCCAAACGACUGUCAUCUUCCAACAGUCAGAAUCACCUCAGUGUUCCUCCUCCUUCCAUAAUUGUCUCUUAGUUGGGAGCCAUGUCAGCUAGUUAAGGUCCUCUGGAGUUCCAUAAAUGCAUUAACGUCACUAAACGUGUCUGUGAACCAGGCCUAACGUGGCUUUUUGAGAUUUCAUUCGUGUUUUUAUGUCAAUGUUUGAGAUGAUGAAUGAUUUCACCCCCCAUUGAAUCCUUAUGGUUGUUAUGCUCCUGUCAAAUCAAAAUGACAGUUUGGUCGGGGUAGGUCAUCUGUUGCAUAAUGUGAGUGUGUAUGUUCAUGAUGACAGUAGUUUCUUAAAAUGCCAAAUUCCUUAUUUCCUUGUCAUAUCAUUUGCCUUCUUGGUAACAAUUCAGUGAUUCUGGUUCUUAUCUAUCAUGGACUUAGAGUCAAUCAUUCUGAUUCUAUGGUGGUUAUAGAUUAGGGAUCAGACUUCUAUGUGCAGUGUGGUUGUUUUUGGUCUUCUCUUUUAAGUGUCUCCGCAAUCUGUCCGGAGAAUGCAAUCACAGACCAACGUGUGCCCUUUUUUAACCAAGAGGCCGUUUCAAUAUGUUUAUUUUUAAUUGUUUAUGCUGAUGUGUCUCGAUGGCAUACUCCUUUAAACUGUUUCCAUUCUCAUCAGGAUGUGUUACUCAUUUUUUCCAAAGGAUGUAUUUAAUAAAUGUUUCUAUUUUUGUCAAUCUUAGUUUGUCAGGCAGACGACACCACUAUCUUGUUUUCUGACUUUCUUCCGACCCCACCACUGAAACAGUGCCUUUUUAUCCACGUUGCAUCAUACAGACAAUUAUCCGGUUAGUGUGUAGAGUUCUUUGUUUUACCCCUCCCUCCAUGAUAACCCAUGGAUAGCAGCAUUCCACAAACUUAACAUCCAAUAGGAACCAAGAAUCUAGAACUGUAAACAAAGUUGACUAAAAAUCUGGAAUAUAUUGGUGUCUUACCUUAGCUGCUUGCUCUGUGACUGUCACCAAAAUGGAUGUGUGUGUGUAUAUCUGAUUUAUAAAUACUGGUGUAUAAUGUACAGCAUGAUUUUUAUUUUAGUGGAUUUUAAUUGUACUUUUUGCACUUUCCAGGUACUAAAUUGUAAGUGAUUGUUUUAAAUGUUUCCCUGGUCCAUUCUGUACAGACAAACUGCUUUGUAUACACAAGUGGAAAGUAAUCAUUAAAGUCUUGUCAAAAAUGUCA